UCUGUAGCUCCUUAUGAUUUCCGAAUUUCUGUUGUUUUCUUUAUUAUGCCACAGCAUUACCUAUGCUUUCUGUUUGUUAUGAUUAACUAAUUUCAAUCACAGUUUUCCAGUAAUUCACGGAAAUAGUCUGCUUUAACUAAAUACUCAAAAAUAAGGAACUUUAUUAUCUGGUUGAUUUUAUGCGUAUAUAAUUACAUAAAUCUAUUAUCACACAUCUGAAACAUAUAAUUGGAAGAAAGUGGAGGAACCACAAACCAUACUUGGAAACUAUUCAGUCACCUCUAGAGUAUCGGAAUAUACAUCAAUAGGUCUAGAAUGGUGCCCAAAGAUUUCACUUUAUUAUGCCGGUCUUGUCUUGAUAAACAAGGUCUAUUCAAUUUAUUUGAUACCAAACAUGAAGAUUUAAUUUUGAGUGAAUUAUAUUCCAUGAUAAUUUCCUUGAAAUUCAAUGAUUCUGAUGAAUUGCCAAGGAAAGUAUGUAACAGUUGUGUGGAUUUUCUUAAACAGUUUUACGACUUCAGAAAGCGAGCUCUAGAGUCUGAAACCAUUCUCAAAAAUUCAUUUGUCACAAGUGAAAAGUCUAUAUCACCUUCAGAUACAUUUGUUGAAUUUGAAAAUGAGUUUGAUUUACCAGAGGAAAAUCAAUUUGAAGAAUCUGAAAGUACACAAAAAAAAUCCACUGUGGAUGUGCAAAUAUUACCAAAGGGUAUCAGUACUGUGAAGUUUAAGAAUAAGUUUAGUGGAGGCGAAGAUGAUGUCAGUGACGCAUGUGAUUUGACUCCAGAAAAUACUUCUGAAGAUUGUGUUGAACAUCGUCAAACUUCUAAAAAAAACUGCACUUCCAGAAAAAUACCUGGAGAUCUUACAUGUUCUUUUUGCAGUAUAAAAUUUGAAUCUUAUUCUUCAUAUAAAUUACAUCGGAAAAAAGAAGCAGAUCAGAGAAGAAAAAAAAAGCCUUGUUCAGUUUGUCAUAAAUUCAUAAGCACAUACAAAUUGAAGGAUCAUAUCAACUCGCACACAAAAGACAGACCUUAUGAGUGUGAAAUUUGCAAUGAAAAGUUCAGAUUCAGAUCAAGCCUAACUAGACAUAAGUUCAGACAUAAUGACAAAAAACCUCAUGAAUGCAAUAUUUGUGGGAAGGGAUUUAUACAAGCUCCAACUUUGACUGAUCAUAUUCGAACACACUAUGGAGAGAAAUCCUUCAUAUGCAAUAUUUGUGGUAAAUUCUUUGUAACUAAACAUGCAUUAGGAAAUCACAUCAAUAUGCACAAAUUGAAAGAUAAUCAGACAAGUUUGGAUUAUAAGGAUUUGACAUGUAAAGAAUGUAACAAGACUUUCACCUCUAAAACCAUAUUCAAACAGCACAUGUUGAUUCAUAACAAAAAGGAUUUUUUAUGUAGUGAAUGUGGUAAAAACUUCUCGACAAAAGUAUUGCUCAAUUCUCAUGUUAAAGUGCAUUCUGGUGUCAAACCAUAUCUUUGUCAAAUUUGUAAUAAAGGUUUUUCUCAGAAGAAUAGCUUACAGAAACACAAUCUCACUCACACUGGAGAGAAACCUGUGCUAUGUAUUAUAUGCGGAAAAACAUUUUCCCAAAAAGGUCAUCUCACAUACCAUAUGAGAAGACAUAGUGGAGAAAGGCCUUAUAGUUGUAGUUAUUGUGAUAAGACAUUCAAUCAUACGGGCUCACUCAAAGUUCAUAUUAGAAUACAUACUGGAGAAAAACCAUUUGUUUGUGACAUUUGUUCCAAAGGCUUCUAUGAUUCGAGUAGUAUGAAAAAACAUAGGAAAACUCAUAUGAACUGAAUUGUCUUUCAUUGAAUACAUGGGUUUAACUGUACAAUAAACCUAAAGAAUUAAUAUAUUGGGUCAGAUCAACUGGAAAUUACUAUUUUUUUGAUAGGUAACAUUGAAACCUCUGGCUUAAAAUGAGUCCACUAAAACAUUUUUCCGAUACCAGAACAAAAUGCUGACUCUUUAUGCAUGUUUCGCUAACCAUCAUCAGGCAAUAACUAAAUAGGUUGGUGAAACACAAAUUGAGAGACAGUAUUUUGUUAUGGUGUGGAAAGAAUGUUCUUAAUAAACUCAUUUCAAGCCAGGAUUUUAAUGUUGCCUAUAAAAGGAAUAGCUAGUGAAAAGGAAAAUGAUGGAAGAAAUGAAUAUGUCAAAUUUAAAAGAAUAAGAAUGCUUAUUUAUAAAGAAUUGUUGAUACCAAACGCUACUGAUAUAGCAUGUGAGUUAGUUAGUGAUAUCAAUCAGGACAUUCAUGAAAAAAUCAGCCAUUGUCAAUAAGCUCUAAUACUUCAUCUUGACCUAAUUAUACUUUUACAAUCAUCAAAUUUGUAAUGGAUUAACACACAAUUAAAUUAACACUAAAUAUUUUGUUAAAUAGGUAAAAAUAACGAAAACAAGUUUUAAUAUACAUGUACUUUGGUGACAUUU